AUGUAAAAUGCAAUUACUAACUAAAAUGGAAUUCAAUGUAACUAUUAAAACAUUUGUGGGUGGAAAAUGUAAACAACUACUUUUUAAACUCUAUCUAAGAAAGAAAGUUUUGUGUACAUGAAAAAUGAUAGAAUCUUGCAAGUGUAAAUUUUGGAUAAAUUAUAUAAAAUUAGAGAAUAAAGAGCUGAUUAAUUGGAGCAUUAUGAAGUUAUUAAAAACUUAGAGUUAGUGAAACAUUUAACAUAAAAAGGAGAAUAUGUUGAGUAAAGUAAUAAAAGAAAAGGAAAAUGGAUGUUUUUUUGGAAAUAAUAAAGAAUUAAUGCAGGUGGAUUUUACAAUGAAGAUGGAUUAAAAGUAGGAAGAUGGAUAGAAUUGUUUGAUAAUUUUUGGGAGUAAAACGAAUCUGAAAUCUAAUAGGAAAGCUAAAAUAUUUUUAGAAGGAGGAUAUCAAGGUGGAAAAAAGAUAGGAAGAUGGAAUAUUAUAUAUUUAGAAAAGAUAAUGUAAAAAUAAAAAAUGAUAAGCAACCAGAGCAGGCGGAAAUUAUAGUAAUGAUGGAUUGAAGUCUGGAAAAUGGAUUGAGUUACAUCCAAACUUUUACGAGUAUAUUAUUUAAAUAUUAAUUGGAGCUUAUCUGAAAUGUUUUUUAUUGGAGAGUAUAAAUCAGGAAAAAGAUUUGGGUUAUGGAAAAUAAUCAAUAAGAAAAAAUUAAUGUAAAAUAAUUGAAUUUUUCUUAGAGGAGGAGGAUUAUAUAAUGAAAAUGGGUUAAAAGAUGGCUAUUGGAUAGAUGUAUACGAAAAUUAUUUUAAGUAUUUAACUAAUUGUAAUUAGCUUUUGCUAAGUAAUAUUUGUUGGAUAGUAUUAAAAUGGAAGAAAAUGUGGAAAGUGGGAAACUAUGCAUUAAUAGCUUGGAAAUCUGAGUUUUAUUGGCGUGGGCGGAGGUCUAUAUGAUGAAUUUGGUGUGAAAAGCGGAUUGUGGAAAGAGCUGCAUUCUAAUUUUUAAGAGUAUAUCAAUUGAUAUUGUUAAGUUUUUCAUUAGUUCUUUAUGAAGGGGGUUAUAUUGAUGGUUUGAAGGUAGGAAAUUGGAAAACGUUGUAUAGAAAAUACGGAGAAAAUGAAUUUUAAACUAUGUUAAUAAAAAUGUAAUUAUUAGAGGGUCAGGAUUUUAUGAUUAAGAUGGGAUGAAAAUUGGAACUUGGAAAGAAGUAGAUGACAAUUUUUGGGAGUAGAGUUAAAUUAAUCUAACAUUAGCGAAAGUAUCAUAUUUCAUAUUGGUGAAUAUCAUAAAGGGAAAAAAUUCUAAAAAUGGGAGAUUAUAUAUCAAAAUCAAUUAAUGUAGUUCAAUAACUAGUUAAUAGAGGUGGUGGAUAGUAUAAUAUUGAUGGGAAAAAACACGGGAAGUGGAUAGAUAUAGAUGAAAAUUACUCAUCGUAAUAAAUAUUAGUAUACUAAUAGUUCACGAUCAAUUUUAUACGAAGGAGAAUACAAGGACGGAAGUAAAAUUGGGACGUGGUUUAUCUUAAAAAAUAUUUUUGAAAAAACACCUUAAAUGAUGUAUUUUUAUGUUGAUUAUGAUAGCGGUGGUGGUAUAUACGAUGAUGAUGGAAUGAAAAAUGGAAAAUGGCAUGAUUUAUUUGAUAAUUACAGAGAGUAACAUGAAUGAUUAAUAGAUAUAGGAUCUGUUAAGUCAUUUAAGUAGGUAACUUUAUGAAUGGCAAGAUGUAAGGCAAUUGGAAUUACAUUUACAAGCACUUUAAUUCAUUAAAUUUUCAUAAAAUGUAUAUUUUAUAUAUUAAAAAUAGAGGUGGAGGGCAAUAUGAUAAUAUGGGAAAGAGAGACGGAGUAUGGUUGGAAUUAAAUGAAAAUUUUUCAGAGUAUGAUUGUUUUUGUUAUCUGAGAAAUUGCUAGAUAAUUUUGGUCGGAGAAUAUAAAAAUGGUUACAAGCAAGGAAGAUGGAACGCAUUAUUCAGAGGUUGUCAUGAAUAUACUUAUAAAACUCUGUAAAUUGUUUUAAUACAUGAAUUAGAGGAGGAGGAGUUUAUUAAGAGGAUGGAUUAAAAAAUGGAAAAUGGACAGAAAUACAUGACAACUUUUCAAAGUAAAUAUUUAUUUUAUUAUAUAAAAUAUUAGUUAUUGGUAGUAAAUAAAUCAUGUUGAAUAUUAAAAUGGUAUCAAAUAGGAAUAAGAAUGA